AUGCACACUAGGAGGCAGGCCCUGCCACUCGCAGCAGCAGCAUGGAUGCUACUCCACGGUGCGGUAGCAGCUCCCAAACCCGGCGGCCUGGGCCAGCUACCGCCCCCGGAGGCCUUAAGAUCGGCAGGUCUAGCUAGUGCAGCUUUGUCUUCAUCCCUAGCUGCGAUUAUGGCAUCUGGAAUUCCUCCUGCAACACAUACAGUUACUGUAUCAUUUGGAGGAACUGCUACUGAAUCACUCCCAACCACAGCACCACCUGGAGGUGCUACUCAGUCACCCGUAACCACAGCCCCAACGGGAGGAGCUGCUACUGUAUCACUCCCAACAACAGCACCACCUGGAGGAGCUACUCGAUCACUCCCAACAACAGCACCACCUGGAGGUGCUACUCAGCCACCCCCAACUACAGCGCCAACAGGAGGAGCUACUCAGUCACCCGUAACCACAGCCCCAACGGGAGGAGCUGCUACUGUAUCACUCCCAACAACAGCACCACCUGGAGGAGCUACUCGAUCACUCCCAACAACAGCACCACCUGGAGGUGCUACUCAGCCACCCCCAACUACAGCGCUAACAGGAGGAGCUACUCAGUCACCCAUAACCACAGCACCAACGGGAGGAGCUGCUACUGUAUCACUCCCAACAACAGCGCCACCUGGAGUAGCUACUCGAUCACUCCCAACAACAACACCACCUGGAGGUGCUACUCAGCCACCCCCAACUACAGCGCCAACAGGAGGAGGUGCUACUGAGUCACGCCCAGGUACCUCCCCGGCCGGAGGAAUUGCUUCAACUGGCCCCCCAGUGUCUCCCCCGACCGGUGGAGGUGUCCCUGCCUCUGAGGGACCGGGAUUCUCUCCUGCUGGGGGUGGUGUGCCUGCCAGUGCAUCAACCCCUGUCACAGUCUCCGCGCCUCCAUCCGAGUCUCCAGUUGCGCCUAAGGUCGUGACGCAAGCCUGUCCACCAUGUCCCGCUCCUGCCGCACCAACCUGCGCACCCUGUCCUGCUCCUGGCACAAGUACUACUACUUUCACCGUCACCGUUACUGAGACAGUUUGCCCUGGUCAGAGUGCUCAAGGAGCGGGUGGCCCCACUGCAUCUCCAGGUGUUCCCGCCAUUUCACCUCUAUUCACUGCAACGGGUCCUGGCGCCCUAGCUCCGACAGCCGCAGGGCCAGGCGCUCCACAAGGUCUAACCGCGACGGGAACACACAUUUCGAGUGCCCCUCAGGCUUCCGGCGGAGCCGCAAGCGCAACUGCGGGACCCUCAACUCAGCCAGCAACUUCGGCUACUGGGGUUCCCGGUGUACCGCAAAGUCCCGGAGGCGGAGGCGACGCAGCAGCCGCAGGACCUGCAACUACUCGGCUAGUGACUUCGGCUACUGGGGCUCCCGGUGUACUGCAGAGUCCUGGAGGUGGAGGCGCAGCCGCAGGACCUGCAACAAGUCUGCCGGUGACUUCAGCUACGGGGGGGGUUCCUAACAUCCCGCACGGUCCUGGAGGAGGCCCAAUUGGAUUCCCCAACACUACUUCAACCCACGUUGUAGCUACGACUACAGAAACCAUUGUUUCAACUGCCAUUGUUUCAACUGCCAUUGUUUCAACUGUUCUCCUGCCUACUAACGGGGGUGGAGCCGCAACAUCGGGUGCUGUUCAAACUUCCAGGCUUGCUGUGACUACAGGAACCAGUUUCGCAAACGUCACACGCACUGCCGGGGGCGGACCAACUGGGUUGCCGAGUGUGACCUUGACCCCUGCCAUACCCACAGGCCCUGGCAUCUCUAACGUUACUGAUACUGUUGGGGGAGGCGUGUCCGUCCCAACUCCUACUAGCGCUACGAUCUCUGCCACACCAACCAGACCAGGCGGAACAGCACCACCAGGCGGAGGUGUGCCUGUCUCAACUCCUACUAGCGCUACGAUCUCUGCCACACCAACCAGACCAGGCGGAACAGCACCACCAGGCGGAGGUGUGCCCAUCUCAACUCCUACUAGCGCUACGAUCUCUGCCACACCAACCAGACCAGGCGGAACAGCACCACCAGGCGGAGGUGUGCCCAUCUCAACUCCUACUAGCGCUACGAUCUCUGCCACACCAACCAGACCAGGCGGAACAGCACCACCAGGCGGAGGUGUGCCCAUCUCAACUCCUACUAGCGCUACGAUCUCUGCCACACCAACCAGACCAGGCGGAACAGCACCACCAGGCGGAGGUGUGCCUGUCUCAACUCCUACUAGCGCUACGAUCUCUGCCACACCAACCAGACCAGGCGGAACAGCACCACCAGGCGGAGGUGUGCCUGUCUCAACUCCUACUAGCGCUACGAUCUCUGCCACACCAACCAGACCAGGCGGAACAGCACCACCAGGCGGAGGUGUGCCUGUCUCAACUCCUACUAUUGCUACGAGCUUUGCCACGCUGAGCGGACCGGGUGGAGUGGCACCACCAGCUGGAACAGUAGUACCAGGAACAGCAACAACACCAGGUGGAACAGCAGCAACACCAGGCGGAACAGCGGCAACACCAGGUGGAACACCAUUACCUGGCGGAGCAGCACCUGGCGGAGUACCAGCAGCAGGUGGUACAGCAGCAGCGCCAGGUGGAAGAACAGCACCGCGUGGAGGAGUAGCAGGUGGUGGAACAGUAGCAGCACCGGGUGGAACAGCAGCACCUGGUGGAGGAGUCCCAACAGUUGUAAUACCCAGCGGAAGUACCACUGCCACCUCUACUACCACCAUCCAAGUCGUCCAAACUUUAUCUGUUCUUCCUAGCCGCCCUCCCCUUACGCAAACACAGGGGAAUACGGCUACACGUCCGGUAACCCCGGGCACAGUGACCGGAGCAAGGACACCGCAGCCCACUCCCGCUAUUGAUCCAAAGAAGCGGACAGUGGCAGAAAAGACAGACAUCGCCCGGCCCGAUAAGCUCAAGGCAAAUCCUAUCGUGUUCCGCCGUCGGACUUGA